UUGUGCGGUCGGCCAUUUUUGUUGUUUUGGAUGGUUUUGAUGAUAUCUUUGCAUUAUUUUCGAGUGAAAUGAUUGUUUUUAAUGCAUAUUGCCAAAUAUAGAAAGACAAACAGAUGGAUGCGUCAUUGGCACUGAUGUCAUACAAAAAUCGAUGACAGAUUUGAUGAAUUUAACACAAAAUUGAAUGAGGUCAAGAAAACAAACAUGUUAAACAUUACUCAAUUUCUGUCAAGUACGCUUGUGCUGAUAUUAAUUAUACUUCAUGGUGAUUUGUCUGCUGGAGCAAAGGGCGCACCAUACAAUGAGGAGGGUGUAUCCACAAUCACAUGUGCCUACUACAGCGAGAAUGAUCCAGACUGCAAGGAUGGCAAGUGCCCCAGGCCGUGCGAGGGAUCUCCAAAACCAUACUGCUUUGCUACAUGGAAAAAUGGCACAGAUGGUCAGAUAGAGAUUGAGAUGCAGGGUUGUUGGUCGGUGGAGGAUGACUGUAUGAAUGAUAGCCAGUGCGUCCAGUCCCCCUCCAUACAGCACCUCAACUUCUGCUGCUGCUCCGAGCCCUUGUGUAACAUCAAAGUGAAGAAUGUCUACUACCCUCCUACCUUGUCCCCACCCACCACAACAGAAAAAAAUGCCAAAGUGAAAAAGCUUAAGAAUGGGCAGUUAACAACGACACUGAUCUACUCAAUAGUUCCCCUGGUGGGUCUGGCGGCAGUGAUAGUGCUUGUUUUCUGGAUGUGGAAGCGGUUUAAACGCCAGGUCUACUACAGGCAGCAGUUGCCUACGGUUGACCCCACACGCGACCUCCCACCAUCACCGGGACCUGAACGCCCUAUAAAGCUGAUUGAAGUUCGGGCUCGAGGUCGAUUCGGGACCGUGUGGAAAGCCCAGCUUCAUGAUAAGCUAGUUGCCGUGAAAAAAUUCCCGUUACAGGAUAGACAUUCAUGGACAACAGAACAAGAUAUUUACAGAUUACCUCAUAUGAAUCAUGAAAACAUUUUGAAGUUUAUAGGUACAGAGAGAAGGGGGGAUAACUUGAGUUUAGAACUGUGGUUGAUCACAGAGUUUCAUCAAAACGGGUCAUUGUGUGAAUAUUUGAAAGGAAACACUAUAACUUUGAGUGAGUUGAUCAAGAUGGCCGGGUCUAUGGCUCGCGGGCUUGCUUUCUUGCAUGACGAGAUUCCUGCACUUGGUGACAAGGCUGCUAAGCCUGCUGUUGCACAUAGAGAUUUUAAGAGUAAAAAUGUCCUCAUUAAUACGGACCUCAGCUGCUGCAUAGCAGACUUCGGGCUGGCUCUCAAGUUUGAGCCUGGCAAGAACCCAGGGGAAACUCACGGCCUGGUUGGUACAAGGCGUUACAUGGCCCCAGAGGUGCUGGAAGGGGCUAUCAGUUUCAAUCGGGACGCAUUCCUGAGGAUCGACAUGUAUGCUUGUGGUAUGGUCCUCUGGGAACUCCUGGCAAGAUGCACUGCCACAGAUGCGUCAGUUGGCGAAUACCAGUUGCCAUACGAGGAGGAGGUCGGACAACACCCGACUCUUGAGGACAUGCAGGAGCUUGUUGUCAUCAACAAGGUCCGCCCCGCCAUCAAGGAGCACUGGCUAAAACAUACGGGUCUAGAACAGCUGUCAGCUACCAUGGAGGAGUGCUGGGAUCACGAUGCUGAGGCACGACUCUCGGCAGACUGCGUGCUCGAGCGCGUAAACCAGGUGGAGCGAAACAUGCUGACCUCAUCCCUCGUAUCACCCAGCAACACUGCCAUCAAUGCGCAACAACUGCAACCUCUGAUCAUUAACACUAACCAGGGAUUACCGCCAGUUACGCCUCUUGUGCAGACUAUUUAAGGCUCGUGUUAAGUGUCAUUAAUCGUAUAUAUUCAUUCAUGUUAUUAUACAUUUUUAUUAACAAUUGAACGCAGAUAUUGACUCAUUAGUCAAACUUGUUGGCUCAUACUGACUGACGUUACUACCUGAUUUUUACAAUGACUUAUUUAUAUGUAAUGUGUGAUUUUCUUUUUGUUUAAUGAAAUUACUUUUAAUUAUGAGAAUUGUUUUUCUACAUACAUCCUCAGUUAAGGGAAUGGAAAUGUGUUUGUUCUGUGGCAUUCAGGUAAAUCAUUUUGGAAACACGUUAUUUAGUGGAAUCUACUGCUUUUCAAUGAUAGAGAAGGAAUUUGUGUAAUGCUGAAGUGUGUUAUUCUGUUAGUAAUGUAUUUUAAUUACAAUGGGUUUGAAAAAAAUUACAGUUAAAAAAUGGCAUUUUAUCAAAUUUUUAUGCACUUCAAAAUGACUUAUUGUUCGUGAACAUCUGUCAUCAAUAAGCUGUCUAAACAGUUCCCAUAAGCUGCUAACAAGUGUGUUAAAUUUGUUUUAAAUGAUCUCUUUAACUAUUUUACAAAUAAAAAACCCUCUUGUGUUUUACAAUCAAAUAAUCGUUUAAAACAAUUAAUUUGAACCAUCACUUUUAUUUUUCCAUUUUUAUGCACCGGUUUCAAUUUUUUUGGCAGGUAAUAUUUAAGGCCAUGUAAAUGUAUUUUAAAGUAUUAUGGAAGUAUUUUUUAUAAGAAAACCAUGUUUUAAAUCUCAAUUUGCUCAUUUUAUCUCUUCCUAUACUGCGGCAAGUACCUGUUGUAAACCAGUCUUUUAAUUAUGAAUUGUAUUGAUCAUCAGUUGCAAACAUUUUGCGGAAAAAAACAGACACACCAAUAGGUUUUAUAAUUUUAUAUAAAAGAUAUGGGCAUAUGUAUAAAUCAAUAUUUAUCAGUUUAUAAAGCUAAAUUUGUUUCAACUUACAAAAGCUAUGUACUUCCAUUGUUUUGCAUUUUGUACAUGUAUAUUGAAAUUAUGUACAAAACAUUAUUAAUAAUGAGUAUUUUGGAUUGCUGAUUAUGUUAUUUUACAAGUAUGAAUGUUGAUUCGUUGUUGUACUAUUAUGUUGAUCAUGGCAUUAUUUAGAUAAUUGAAUUGUAGUUUGGCUGUGGAUUGCUUGAAUUUAGCGAGGGUUCGAUAUGCGGGAAUCAAUCAGUGACUGAGAUUUAAUGUAAUUUAAGAAUUAGAUUCCAAGUGUUUUGAUUGGCUUGUAAAAAUAGCCCAUCAAAAUAGGCUUGUCUAAGGUUUUAGAUAAGGAUUAUAUUAAAUAUGGCCACAUUGACCAGUUAUUUUUACAGUCCAAUUAAUACACUCUGAUUCUACUCUUUGAUUAAGUAGGUCAUUAAAAACAGCACAUGGUCUUAAAACAUCGUGAAUAUCUAUUAAAAAAUGUUUGUGCGUGUUUAAAUAUUGGAAUUGUGAAAUUUUGAAUUGGUCAAACUUAAACAAUAAUCACAAAAAGACCUCAUUAAAUUUAAGCGAUACACAGCAGUUUUUGCAUAACAACAUGUACCUCGUUACGAAGCAGCCUUGUAUUUUUGUAUCGUGUGGGGCAGUGAGUUUUUAUCAGGGCUUUUUGAAAUGAUUCUGUGAAUUGCUAGUUUUUUGUAACGCUUGAGUUCAAAACUUUUUUUUAACAUUUUACUCUUUCUAGGUUUAUUCUAGUGUUGAUUACUACUGUAAGUUGUAGAGUUUUGAUUAGGUAUGAACUUGGUGUUUUAAAUCUUAUAUUCACCUUUGUACUAGUAGGUUAAUUAAACAAUGUUUUAUUGGCAUUCAUAAACUCAAACUCAAAUGGUGACAUAUCUUGAUCUUUCGGGGUUAAACACAUAUAUUAAAAACACUGUAUUUGGGGGAAAAAAAUGAAGUAAUUUGUACCUAAAUACAUGUGACUAGUCUUCACUGGCAAAUUUACUGUGGCAACAGCUGUGUCAUAGGUUGUAAUAUCAGUCGCAGAUUGUGAAAACUUCUUUAUAUACAAUUAUAUAAAUGAUGUUAUGCAAAACGUGCAUUAUUUUAUUUAAUUAUAUAACGGUGUAGUUUUUCACGGUCUGUAUGUGAUGCUGCCAGCUAUGGCUGAGAUAGAGACUUAAAGGGACUCGCUCAUGUUUUUCAACCAAAAAUAAGUUUUCCCGGUUAUGCAUCUGAAAACACUUAUUUCAUCUUUAUUUUACUCUAUGCUAUCAAAAUUGCAGAAAGUUUAAGUAUAAAAAAUAUUUUGGUUUUAGUGGGCUGCGAACCCAGGCUUGUAAAAUCAAGAAAAUAUAGAUAACUGACACCUUAUCCACUAGGCCAUAAGGACUUGUACAACAUUACAUAGAUAUAUCAACCUUUUAAGAAUACAUUGAUAACAUCACAUGAUAGUGUGAAACAACCAAACAUGCAAUAAUAGAAUCACUCAAUGCCGUCAAUGCCUGAAGGGUUCCAGCUGUCAGAACCAUCUUAUAGUUUUAACACUCCUAAUGAUUUGCCCCACUUAAUUUCGUAAAAAAGAAGUGCAUUUUACAAACCAUGAGAGAGUCUCUUUAAAGGGACUCAAUCGCAGAUUUGAUGUUGGCAACGAUGUUUUAAACUGUGUUCAAAUUGAGUUUUUUUACCAUUUAUAUACACAAACACCAAACAGUUAGUGGCUGAUUCUCAUUUGUAAUGGAAUUUUGUAAAUCCAUAACUAACAAUCUUUGGCAAAAUAGGGCAUUGUUUUUCGCAUUAAAGGAACGACUAAGUUUAUCAUAGAAACACACAUAUUGUUAACAUUUCACACAAAACAAAAAAUAUGUCUGGCCUUUAUAAGUGUGAAUGUGUCACUUGAAUCGGCAAAACCUUUUUGCUACCUCAAUUACACAUUGUAACUCAAGAAUAUAUAUUAUACAUUAUAAUAAACUUUUCCGAUUUAUAUAGAUGCGUGUGUAUGAAAAAGGAAAAGUUAUUGUCAACAUCGAAUACAGAAACAUGUUUAUAGUUUACGAUGAUUGUAACCAAUACUGUCAGCAAUAGAUUUAUAGAGUGUUGGCACUUAUUUAAUGUUCCUAAUGUGAACAUUGUUAAAGUUCACUAUGUUAUUAACAACAUCGUUGUUAACUUUCAAACAUGAACUAUUAAAACAGCUUAAACAUGUAUCUCGAACCUUGUUAGAAAUACUUCAUAUCACAGGUGCGUCCAUAAAACCUCAAGGAUAAGAAAGAAUUAACUGUUAACAACGAUGACGUUAACAAUGUUGUUAACUUGAACAAAGUUCUUAACAAUCAGCCCCAUGUGUUUUGCUAAUACAUAGAGUUGUCAAGGUCAGCUUUUUUAUGAUAAUGAAUACAUAGGUAUUGUUGCCAUUUUCUUCUAAUAACCUCAUUGCAAAGUAGGGAAAUAUUGUUUUAUAAAGAUUUUAGUUACUUGGUUUGUGUGUAUAUAUACCUCAAAUUAUGCAGGGGAACUUUUGUUUGAAGUUCCUUUGAUGUAAUACGGAAAUACGAGCAUAAAUUCAUUGUAGUUUAAUCAUAUUAAUAUCUAUAAUCAGGUGUUGCUUUCAUUUUCAACUGUUGUGCUGAACUGGCCAGUAGCUAUGUUUUUGAGAAAUUCAUUUAGCCUUCGUUCAUCUCGCAUUGUAAAGUGUUGCAUGUACAUGAAACUAUGUGUAUUUACUUGACAGGAUAAAUGGAUUGUUUUUAACUUCUGCAUAAGCUUGGAGGUUAUAAAUGAUUAAAAAAAAUCAUUUAUAUUAUAUUACACAAUAGUCAUUUAAAGGAUUAUUUAAGCAUUAGAAUUAUUGUUGCAUUUAUAAUGUGUCUUUUGUUCGAUAAGUAUACAUUGUAUUUUUAAUGCCAAUAGGUUUACACAAUUAAUUUUAAUAUUACAUUGUGUACUUACAAUUUAAGAAGCAAAAUUUUAUAUCAGAGCUCAAUUAAACUGAUUGUUAAUAGCUGACUGUGGAUUUCAUUGACUGUUCAGGGUACUCAACUUGUGGAAGCCCAAAGUGACUUUUAAUAUGCAUAAAGAAGCUUCAAAAUGUACAUUGAAAUGUCUGUUUUAUAAUCAAAGAAGGGCAGGAACUAAGAUAUUAGACAUCAGUCACUUAUUUUAAUGCUUCAUUCUUCAAAUUUCUGUUUAUACAAUUUGCAUGUAUAAAGCUGACGUUUGUUAAGAAAAUAACAAAGACUAAAAUAAUGGGUUAUGUUUCCUUGAAAUUCUUAUUGCUAAAGUCAAACAUGUUUUGUUAUUUUUAAAGAUCAUUACAUUGAAAUUUCUGCAAAAUGUCCAGUUUUACAAAACAAAUACAUAAUAAGAUUUUCACAUUGAAUAAUAAGUUGUAAAAGUGAUUGUUUUUUGGAACAGCAGAAUAGAACUAGAAUGGACUGUGAACAGUUAAUGGAAUGCAGUGUCAGUGAUUGUUUGAAUGCAACCGGUGUAUUUUAUGGCUGGGAAUGUAGCGUAGUGUCACUUUUGUCAAUUGUAUGCAGUUUUUUCGGGGGAGUAACAGUUGCGGAACCAUGUUAACACUUCCUUCCACUCUUUUUAUAGAAAUUUAAAUAUAUAUGUAAAUUUAUAUUUGCUUUAAAUUUUUUUAUUAAUAAAUGCAGAGCAUUAUUUUGAAAUUGCGGUACAUAUUAUGACUACUUGUUUCCAAAUCCAUCAUUUUGUCAAAUGAAAUGGCUAUAUUGGGAUAGUAUGAAAUGGCAGUCAGGGAUAAAAAUCUUCUUCAUGGUGUAUUAAAGGUAGGCUUACAAGAUUGUAGUAAAUACUUAUAAUUUCAGGCAAUUAUCACAAUCUUGUAGGCAGCCCCUGUUUUGUAAAAAACAUUGUUUUGUUUAAAACAUCUAUAUUCAGUUACUUAUACAGGAAGGAUAAUAUUUUACCAGAUUUGUUACAUGGUCUGCAUAACCACAGUUAGCAACAAGUUUGCUAAACUCAGUGUACAAAAAUUUACUUGUUAAAAACAUUUUAUUGUUACUGCAAGGUACAACAUUAGCCCUUAUUUUGUCGUGAAAAAGAGUUUAUAAAUGUUGUCUGAAGAAAUGGAAAAACAGUUUUAAGUGAAGACUUCUUUAUAAUUGUGUCUUACUAUAGCCUUGACUUCUGGAACAUAUGUAGAAUUAUAUGAAAAAUAUGCAUUUUAUUGACUGUUUGUAUUGCAUUUUAUUGAUUGAGUGUGAAAAUAUUAAAACUGUUGAAGUAAAGGCAGGUUUUUAAUUUACUCCUGCACUCUUCCUAUGAUUAAUUGAAAAAUAAUUUGUAAAUUGUUAUGAAAUUUUUAUCACAUAAUUAUUGUAUAUGUAUGUAUUUAGACCUGUUUAAAUACCUCUAAGCAUUGAAUGACUUACUAUUCAUAUUUUAUCAUAUUUUGGCCAAACUUCAUGUUCUCAUUUAAGGUGAUUACGUUAUUUUAAAAAUGUGAUUGUACAAUGAUUUUUUAUAACAUUUCAAGUUACUGUAUGCGGGUUAUGAUAUUACACAUCAUUCAGUUAUGCUGUAAAUAAUGCUUUUGAAGGGUAGCAGUGUAAAUAGCAUUCGUUGUACAGAAAAAAAAAGCCACUUGACCCACCUUUCAAUGUUGUAUGCUAUAGUGUGAAGUUGUGAUGAUCAAUUAUAAUCGAGAAUUAAUUGGUCGGGCCUGAAACUGGAGACAAUCGAUUGUAUAAUACAGUAUUUGGUUAUAAUCGAUCAUCUAUUCAACCCACAAAGGGUGUUUCUUUUUUCCUCUGUUUAUUUGCGUUUAGUUAAUUUCCUCCAAUUUUCUCCUCUGAGUUAAUUUAUGCAUUCGGAAGUGUUUGGUUGUUAUUGUUAACAAUAUAGCACAAAGCAACAACAACAUUAAAUAACUUCAGACAUAAAUAUAGUUAAGGAUUACAAGUCAUAUAGUUAAGGAUUACAAGUCAUUGCACAAGAAUAAAACUUCAAUAAAUGUAUUGUCAUAAGCAAAUUGUGCUUUCAAUAUUUAUUAUAUCAGCUUGUUAUUUAUCAAACCAUUGGCCAAAGGGCCGGGUAAUUUUGAUAUAAUUUUGAAUGGAAUAAUUAUUGCUUGCUGAUUCUUUUUAUGUAAAAUAUAUGACUGAAAAUAUGUCACAGAUAAAGUUAUUGCAGAUUAUAUUUCUGUUCUUUAUUUCAACUGAAAUCAGAUGGAGAGCAACAUAGUAUGCAAUCUAAAAGACCAAACGAGAAAUUUUGUUAUACUUUUUUCAGCCUCUACUCAUAAAUCUGUUUCAAAUGAUGCCACAAUAAUAAUGAGUCUCCAGGCCUCUAAAAGACACACAAUUUUGCAAAGGAUACAUUUAAGAGCUAACCAAAGUUAAAAAAAAAUGAAAUGUCAUACUUUGUAAUCAAAAGAUAAACAAGGCAACAUACAGUUCAUAUACCGGUAAAUAUUGAAAUAUCUUUUAUGUAAUAGAUGAAAUUUAGUAACAUUUUCACGAUUAAGAAAGGGAGGGGUUUGCCUAGCGUAGCUGAUUUCUGUACAAGAUUGUUGUUUACAGUGUUACUAUAUGAUUGUCAUGAUACCUCGUUAUUGUCAUACAUAGUCCAUUCUCUGUCGUCUUCCUUUCUCUGUACAUUGUCCAUUAUCUGUGCGUUGUCCAUUCUUUAUCAUUUGUCAAUUCUGUGUCUAUCCGUGUUCAUCAUUUAACCCCUGAUUUUGUGUCUCGAGUAAAUUCACGUGACUGAGGUCAAAACUGUAUUGAGUAUUAUGAUUUUUGAAUGAGGCAAUACAGUUUUUAUAUCAGUAACUGUUCAUCAAAAAAUAAGUAAUUACUAUUUUGGCUUUUGAUUAAAAUUAUUUGGAUGAUUGAAUUUUGAUACAAAUUUUAUGAUAAAAAUCAGAUGUUUUACAAGACAGUUAAUGAAUUGAAAAUGUUUGUAUUAAAUAUUAGCCAAAUAUGAUUUAUUAUCCUUGUUGAAAAAGCAAUUAUUUAAUUUAUUUUGCUGAAUUUUGUUUUAUUGCAUGUUUAUGGAGAAAUAAGAUCUGAGAUAGUGUGAUAAUAGUGAAAGUGCUUCUUUAUGUUGUGAAAAUAUUAAUAUUUAAAUGUCUCAAGUGCAUGCAAAACCUUGUUUAGAAAUGAACUUGAAAACUUGGUUGUCAAUGAAAUGUCUCUCUUCUCUUAUUGUUCUUCAUAUCAAGGGCAAUAACUCUGUACCAGUUUAUGUAAGAGGUCUGCCCACAAUCCGCAAUAUAUAAUAUCCAUGAUAAUGAUUACAGGGGUUGGGGGAGGAGUGGUAGGGAGGGUUUUGGAUUUAAUAUAUGAAUAUACUAGAAGUAUGUCCUUAUGUUUUUUAUACGCUCGCUAUUUUACCAUUUUAUACUAGAGAAAUUGUUUUAUUAAGCCUCCGACUUUUGAUAUGAAUUUUUUUAUUUUAAAUUAAGUUGGUACUUGUUCUCUAUUAAUCAAAUAUGCAGUUUUAACAUGUUUAGCUUCUAAAGAGUUGUUACAAUUUAACCAUUUGUAACUUUGACGAGUACUCUGCUUGUUCUGUUCUCGUCAAUCGGAACACCUCGGUCAUUAUCCAACAGAAUCGACUCUAUCUCGAAGGUUGCCGGAGAUGGCCGAGUUGUAACGAUUGUUUUUUUUCGCAUGGACUGUUUUUUGUGGGUUAUUCGUCUUACGUGUUUUCACCCCUCAUUUUCAUAGCUUCAUGUAUUAUUUCAUUUUCAUCGUACCAUAGAAUAUGCUGAUAGUAAUGUGAAAUAAAAUAGUGUUUUGUUUAUAAAUAUUA